AUGGAGGCGGAUAGUCCACAGACCUCUGGUGCCUCCAAAGUCGACCUCCCGAACGAUCCUGGGUAAGUUGCUCGCUUCCGCCAGCCGAAUUUCUGCCAGCCGGCUUCGUGUUUUAUUAGCACGAAAUGAUGGUGUGACUUAGCUGGUAGCAAAUUUUGUUGUAAGCAUAAAUUUCUUAUGUCGUCCGUUCUUCUCCUCUCCAACAGGAAGAUGUUCGUCGGAGGCCUGAGUUGGGAAACAACGGCAGGUUGGGAAUUUUGUUGAUCCUUGUAUAAGUUUGGAUAUUGUUGCAGUCGUAAAUCGUUUUCUUCCGCAAAAAAAGGGCCGUGGAGUUGGUUUUCCUACGCCGACAAAAUGAGCUGAGAUGAGUCACGUUUGGAACAAUCGGUUGUGGUUAAGUUCACGGUUCCGUAACGGUCCGUUUUUGUCGUCUGUUUCAGAGGGUCUGCAGGAAUACUUUAGCAAGUUUGGAGAUCUAAAGGAGUGCUUAGUGAUGAGGGAUCCUAACACAAAACAAUCGAGGUAAAAGCCAGAGGCUGGUGUAGGAAACACCGACCUUGCUUCCACCUUAGACACCGUUGCGCGAUGAGCUUUGUAUUGUAAAUGGCAUGUCUGAAGAAUAUGCAAUAUGCAACAUAAUGAUGGUGGCUUAAAUUCUGUUUUUGUAUCCAUAUUCCAGGGGGUUUGGGUUUGUUACUUUUGAGGAUCCAACUGCUGUAGAUGCGGUGUUGAAAGCAUGCCCACACGAACUUGACCACAAGAAGGUUUGUACGGAAAAUUUUGAGAUUAUUUUUUUGCGCGCGCCAUAGAGAUGGAUUCGUUCAAGACUAAUUUUCACGCUCCAUCUGCAAACGUCUGGCGUGUCCGUAUUUUAAUACGAUCAAGGUACCUAAAGCUUGAAAUAAACUCUUUCAAUGAAUUAAACUUCCAACGUUUACUUGCAAAGCCUUUAUUUUCAAUUUGCCGUAUUUUAGCCGAAAAGGGGGUGCAUUUUCGCUUUAAGUGAUGUUCGUGCCUGGGGAAAUUAAAUUCACACGACGAAGCCAUUGUAAUGUUAAGAUGUACUCUGAGCUUCAACUUUAGCGAGCUUAACCACAUCUAUGCUAACACCUUGUACAUAUGUUUAACGCUAAUGCAGAUCGAUCCGAAAGUCGCUGUGCCCAAAAGACCUCAACCGAAGGUAAGACUUGUUACUUUUAAGUGCGUUAAAUUUAGCGUGGAAGGGUGUUUAAAUAUCGUGUGAUGCAUAUAGCUCGAUCAAAAGAUCAGGACUUCGAAUUGUUUGCUUGACAACAGCAUGGCAGUGGCUUUCCAUUUAUACUUGUGAAUUUUUUUUAUCAAACUGUCCUUCUAAGAAUUGUAAUUCCUCAUGGUUUCAUGCUGUUAAGCUAGUAUUUUGAGCGUAAUUUGCAAAGCGUUAGUCUUUUCAAGGCCGCCCUAAACGGAAAUAUAACGUUCGGAAGCCAGCUUGUAAACGAGAAGGGCAGUUUCAUUGGUCGCCAAACGCUUUAGUUCCGUGUUAAGAUGCGAAUCUGUUUCUCCAGUUUUGUAUCAGGAUAACGGAUCGGACCCCAUCUUAAGUGAAAAUGCCAUUCUAAAUUGUUUGUAUCGUCAGUACGCCCACUCCAAAAUAAAUUGAGCGAGUGAGUGCAAGGGCCCGAAGAAGCCGCUCACCUCCUACGGCGGGCAGAGCGGUCGAGAGCCGAGUUUAUAUUCUAACAAACACGCGAUAUUUUGGGGGUUUUCCCGAGCCAUUACUUUGCCGCAGCGACUCGUUGUGUGUUACAGACUAUAUCUUUUUUCUAGUUUGUUUUCUGUAAAAUUGAAUAAUUACAGGUUCUCAAAGUCCAUUUCAAUAAAGACAACAAAGGAAGCUACUAGUAGAGCAGUGAUUCGGUUUGCGUACCGUGUUUUGCCACCCUUUCCAAGUAGAUCAGUUGAGCGACACUUCAGGUGAAUAGUGCAGGUUCAGUCGCACAUGUUUUAUUGCGUUUAACAGAGUAGUUUAGCAUGUCAACUUGGAGAGGACCGGUUUUACAAUUUAUCCGAUGUUAAACAAACAUAUUUUCGUGAGAGUGCGGCUACCCGAGACUUUGUUAUUCGCCAGUGUUUGUGUCGGGUUCAACGCAAGUCAGACUUAGGUGCGGAGCCACAAAAGGAGCUUAUAAAUUAUUGCUUGCUACAUACACGCUUGAGCUGCCAUGUCUUCAGCACCUUGAACGCAGGUACAAAAUGGUAAUUCUAAAGAAAAUACUUCCCCGACAAGCGUUGCCACCCGAACGUCCAUGAAUCGAUGUCGUCGGCUAUUUAUUCUUUUCAGACAAAAAAAAAUGCGAAAUUGUCUCAAAUAGUUGUUUUGUUUUACGUUACGGACGCAGUGCAAUUCAGGUUUCAUUUUAAUAUCGUAAGUUUAAAUAAUAUUGCUCUCGCAUCCGCUCAUUAGUCAUUUUGUGACUCCCAGAACGGUGGUGUCACACAAGCCUAGUAAAUCGACGCGCAUCCUUGACGACAACACUACCACCAAUUUAUCUCAAUUUCUUCUGAAGAAUACCUUCUUCAAGACACAAAUUUGGCCAUUGAAUGCUUUUCUCGUGUCUCUGAAAGUCCUUCACACCUAUUUGAUGCGAAAGUAAAUACAUUUAAAUUAUUGCUUCCUGAGAGACCUAUUCAAAACUUCCUGCUUGUGAAAGAUACAAUGUAGGCAUCGAGUAAAGUUCGAUUUGGGAAGCGGAUAAACAUUCUCUUGUAUGUUGUGUGACUUGAUAAAAUCCAUUAACAAGUGGAUCCCUGCCUAUCUUCCCCCCAAAAUGCUUUUUAUCGGUGUGUUAAGCAAGUUGUGUGAUGAAUAUUCAAAGUAGUGUUAUGGAGGUGCAUGGUUUAAUCCCAACUCUAAUUGCUCAUGUUUUUAUGAACUCUUCUUGAAAUACCGUUUCACAAGACAAUUUCUGGAUCAUUUGAUUUCCAUAAAUACAGCGUUUUUCCUUUCUUGCUCUUAUCAUAAUUAGCGAACCUUAAAUAAACAGAUGAUGCAAUAUGUAUUGAACCAUCUUUAACUGCUCUGUGCAGACCACUGUUCUACACCAAUUGUCCAGUUCUUUAACUCUGCUUUUCACCUAAAUAAAUGAUUUGUGAAUAGCUGCUAAAACAAACUGAGUCAGAGGAAAGUGUUUCACCUUAAGGAGACACAAGAUUGUAAUUUGAGUUUUAUUUCACCAAAGCUUAUUCAGUAAUAAGCUUGCUCAGACUGUAAGUGGUUCCCUUUUAAUAGCCAAACAAAGGCAUAACAGUAAAAUACAACAGUAUAAAGUAGCAUAGCACCAAUUUUGUGGAUUUGAUAAGUACAAGUGCAUUUGGCUUGCCUGCUGUGGAGCAUAGCCUUGAGCUAAUUUAUAUGCAGAUACAAGAGAACAGAUCAUCUCUAUAAAAAGCUAGAUGCAUAUCACAUUGUUUCAACAUCUUGAAUUUCAAUAAUUCUCUGAAAUCACACCACUGUCUGAUUGACAUUGUGUACAGUAAACACCAAACACAAGGAAAGUAUAGGAUUGCACUAUCUUUGUGAAAUUUAUUUUCUAUGAGUCAUAUAAUAUGCUACUUUUGAUACCACUCCUUUUUUCAUUUCAGAUUAUUUAAUAUUCACAAUGAUGUCAUUUUUAUAUAUGUACCUUGUUUUUCUAUUUGAAUUCUAUUCCAAAGAAAAACAAGCCUCAUCUAGCUGAACUUUGACCCUCGGGUAGAAGGAAUUUAUAACAACCUAUUGUUGCGUUGAAAUAUUAGCUAAGCUAUUUAUUUCAAAAGCAAGAUUUGCUAAUGACAAUGAGCAAAUCAGUUAUGUACUGAUAUAUGCUGUUGAUGUCUGGAGAACAUUUCUAAGCUAGAAAGUAAAACAAGUGUAUUUUCUCUUUUUGAAAUGUUUUCUUCCUUUGAUGAGCUCUCUAGUAGACUUAUUACUAUUUUCACUACAAACCUGCUUUACAAACAGGAAACAAUUAAUAAGAUAUGACCUGGUUUUGAAUUGGCCUUUCAGUAACACUAAUAGUCUAACAAACAAUAUCAUGGAAAAAUCAACUUCUGUGCACAUGCUCACAAAAUUUCUCUUCUUCCUCAGUUCCCUUUUCCACACAUUGUCAUUGUUUCACAAAAAAAAUGUAAAGCCAUUUGUCUCAUUAGAAAACAAAGUGAUAUUCAAGAAGUAAUGAAGAGAGCCAGUGUUGAAACCUCUACACUAUCUAGAUCAUGUAUUUUGGUUAGUGAAGUCUAGCAUUUAUUGAUAAAAUCAAUUAGCAUAUUGUUUGAUAGUCCAGCUGUAUAUCACCCCGACUGUGGAUAGUUCAUAAUCAGAAAAUAGCCAGCACAUAAUCGACCAAUGAACAGCUGAUACUUGACAGCAAGCUGACCAAUAUCUCUAGCCAGUAGACAUCUCAACUAAGACAUUGGUGCCCAUUGGUCCACUGUCGGUUGACUACCUGACAUAUUGAUUAUAACUGAAUGUUAUAUCAACCAAUAUGUUGACCAGGCUGUGUUCAACUUUUUCUGACACAGCUUUAAUUACAAUUGUCCCAUUUUUAUUGAUGGGUAACAAAUACAAAAUUUUUAGUUUGCAAAGCAAAAAUCUAUCACCACCAAAUACUAAUUUUCAGACACCAAUUUUUGACUUAUGAAUCUAAGAUUGUCAACAUAUUACUAGCCUAACAUAUCAUCAAGUCUCUGUAGUUCAGGUAGAGCAUUGAAGUGUGAAAUCCAAAGGUUUGUAGAGUAUAGAUUCCACAUGAUAACUCAUAACUUUUUCUUUGGUUCACACUUGUGUCAAGAUGAAAAAAAAAAAAAAAAACUUAAUUUGUGCAUUUUUUAACUUGUUAACCCACUGGGGGAGAAACAGAUUAAAGUGGCUUGAGAACUACUCCCACUCUGGCUGGCAGUAGCUUUGUAUGUACAAGCAAAGCUGAAUUAUUUCAGAAAAUAACCUUUACUUGCCAUUCUAUUUGGGGGCAAUUUUUAAGUUAUCAAAUGACGAGCUUUACAUAAAAAUGCAAGAAAUCAUACCUUUGAUUAGGCCUUUUUCAGCACAUGUCACAUACUCCAUGUUAUUUGUUCAGUUUUUCAUUUUAUGGGAGAGAACCAGCCACAAGAAUUCAAUUCAGAAUAAACUUCUGUGACACAGUUGCUGGUAGUAACAACUUAUGUCUGACUGCAUGCUCCAACCUCUCCAAGACUGAAAAAUGUAAUUUGUGGUAAAUAUGGUUAGUCAGUUAGAGUGAUCUGAAAAGGAUGCUGAUGUGUAUGAGUCACAUUAAACUAAAAGAUACAGUUACCAUGCAGUUGCAAGUUUAAAGUUAAUUAACUAAUACUUAGGUAAGCACAGCAAGCACAGCAAAUGAUAACUAGAACUAGCAUUGAGGCAAAAGCUGGAGAGGGGAGGUUAUCAUAAUUAAUUUUGUAAGCAAAAUAAUGAAUAAAGGAAGUCAUAGCAAAGUUAUGAAAAAGGGUCUUUGUUGAUUUGAAUCCAGUAUUUGAGGGCAAAAGUACAUAUUUUUUCCUUACUAUCUGCAUGACCUAUGAGUUGACAGGUGAUCUGUGACUGCCACCGCAUAAUGUUGUUGAAAGCAGGACUUUCAAUGAAAAGUUUAACAAAAUACUGCUACAUAACACUACUUCUCUAGUCACUAAAUUGUGUUACUAGUCUAUUUAGUAAGUUGUUGCCACAUCUUGCUUAGAGCAGUUAUUAUAUUUCUGAUUUUCAGCUGGUAACAAAAACAAAGAAGAUAUUUGUAGGUGGUGUGUCUGCUUCUACCACUGAAGAAGACUUGACUAAUUUUUUUAAACAAUAUGGAGAGGUGAGUUGCAUAUCAAUCUCUAGUUUACCAUUAAGCACUUACUUUUAAUUUUGUUUCAAAUCAAUUUACAUUGUAAUGGGAACCAUAGUUGAAAAAAGAUUUUAGAAAAAUUCUCAAGAUUUUGAGAAUUUUUCAACACCUUUUUUCUUAUUAAAACAACGAAUUUGAUAACUUCCUUCCAUUUCUUGUACAAUGGCACCAUGACAAUUGCCAGGUCUACUGAAGAAAAAUGUGUUUGAUAUUCUUUGUGAUGUGAACAUUACUAUUUUCUGUUAUCCUCUACAAUUGUCUGUCCUUGGUGACACUUUGGGGAAAAUUGUAUGAGAAUAAGUAUCUUUGACUUGGGAUUCUGCAAUCAUAUAUGACUUGUGAUAUUAACAGGCUUUAGAGAAAAUAGUAGUUUUGUAUUGUGCAUGUACAUUUUGUCUGGUCUUGGAAAACUUAAAGAAAGCAGCCUAACACACAAGGAGUUAGAAGAAAACAAUUUGGGAUAAAAUGCUAAAAAGGUUAAAGUAAUUGAAAAAACUCACAUUGCACAACAACACAUGGGCUCAUAUGUUUAUCCCUAAAAUUAUUGUGCACCCUUGAUAAACCAAUGGUAUUUCCAUCACAUCUUAGUUUCCUAGAUGGCUGCUUUUUAUUUGCCUUUCUUUUGGUUUCCCUUUUCAUGCUUAUUAAUAGCAUGAACAUAUUUUUCAGUAGUAGACAGGGACUUGAACAAAGCAUGAGAGCGACAACAAAGGGACACAAUAUUGUCCAUGGCCAUAUCUUCUCAUAUGUUUGGCAAGUGCGACAACAAAGGGACACAAUAGUGUCUAUGGCCAUAUCUUCUCAUAUGUUUGGCUUAUGUAGAGUGUUAACUAACCUAUAAGACACAAAAAUCUCAACACUCUGUGGCAAAAUUAUUAGUAACUAACAGUUAUAUCCUUUUAAUCUCUAGGUAGCAGAAUCCAAGCUUAUGUUUGAUAAAGUCACACACAGACAUAGAGGUAACUUUAAUCAAUCUUUAUUGUCAGAAAAUCCUAAAAAGGAAAUUCCAGUGAAAUAUGCCCUCUUUUAUGACCAUUAGUGUGUACAUUUACUAUUAAUUAAUACCAUUAUCAACACCACACAAAGAAGUGAGCAGGAUUUGCAAGUUAUCAAAAAGAUCUGCAUUUCACAAUAUCUGUUUCAAAUCAAACCAAUACAAAAGUAAGGGAAAUGAAACUGGUUGCUAUAAAUAACAGGUUGGAAAUGCUAGCUACUUUUAUUACCUUUAGAUUUUCUUUUCCAUCCUGGAGGGUGCAGUUUAUUUAAAAGUCAGUAUAAGACAACAUUAGAAACUAUUUAUUGUUUUCCAAAUAUGCUCUAAUCCAUCCAGUCUAUCCAAAUAUUUGAAUAUGCCCACAUCACUCUAAUAUUUCCAAGUAAAAAAAAUUCUAGGUCAGGAAAUUUCUCAAAAUGGUGUUUUUAAUGUGAUCAUUUAUACAUAAUUCACUCCAACUUAUACCAAUUUUUAAGUACAAUUUCCUCACAGCAGAAUUGUGGGGAAAAAAAACAAGCACUCUUAAUUAAUCACACAAGAGCGUACUGUCCAAAUUUUCUCCCUUGCAUCAACCAUAAAAUAAACCUGUGCUUGCCAGACCCAUGGUUCACAAAGCCUGGUUAAAAUCAGACCAAUCCAAAAAUAACAGAUUGUGAAGUUGCCUGCUAAAAAUAACUUCAAGAAUACUGAUUUCUUCAAGUCAAGUUCAGACUUCCUUCUUUUUUCUUCUUGCGCCAAGCAAUCCAUUUUAAAGUAAAGAAUAAUAACAUUAGGAAUAAUUACUGUUUUCUUCAUAGCAUCUAAUCCGUCAAAUCAGUCCAAAUAUUUGACCGCACCCACUCUUCUAUGACUUUCCCAAGGUCAUAUUUGUAGUAAGGAAAUAUUUAAAAAAUGUAAUUUGUGAUUUUGUGAUCAUUUAUUCUUUCCAUAGUCAAACCUGGUCUCAAUUGUUUAGAAACUUCUUCCUCACAGCAGAAGGAAAUUAGCACACACCCUGAAUGAGGCACACCUCAGCAUACAACUCACAUUAUUCCUCUCACAUCUAACAUUUAACUAACCUGCAUUCACCAGAUGCCUUUAUUAAGCACAUGUCCACUCCAAAAUUAGGAUCAAGCUUUAGUUACAUGAAAAAUGCACUAUACAGACAGCUUAGUGAAAGAUUUGAGUACUGCGGUUUCAUCUGGUUAAAGUUUAAGAUUUCAUUUUGUUGUGUUUUAAACAUUCCGUCUGGUAAUUUAUUUUGUUGGUCAAAAAUGGCCAGACUCAGAAGGAUAAUAAAUACUCUUUCUGAUGAAGGGUUGAUGCUCGAAAUGUCUCCUUUUAAACUCUUUUAUGGUGGCCAAUUUACAUCAACUUAGUUGAUAAUACAAAAUUACCCUGUUAUACUUCCCCACCAACACAGUACCACAGUUUCUUUAGAAGCCUACCCCCUUUUAGUAAUUAAUAACUACAUUUAAACCCUGACUAUGCAGACCUGUGGGGAAUAGUCUGAAAAGUCAGCAUAAUCCAGAGUCAGGAUAGUCAAAAUAUGAAUAUUAAUGAGCCACAAAGUAAAACUUGAUACAUCUUACCUAAUUAAUAUUACCUAAGUAUUUAAGUACAUUCUUCAUUGCCAAAUUAUGCCAAGGCAUCCACAAAAACUUUUAAAAACGUUUUACUACCUAAAAUACUACUGUAAAUUAGUGUGUUCCAAGCUGUUACAGUGCAUGUGCCAAUUUUAUCAUUCUUUAAAGCUGCAUUAAUGGCAUAGCAUCCACAUUAUCUCAGAGCAUCAUUCUGCUUUGUUUGAUGGAUAAAAGUUGUUAUGAAUCUCAAAUGUGACAAAUUAAUAUUCAUGAAAAAAUGAGAUCAGAGAAGUGAGUUUGGAUAAUCCAAAAUUUGUAUAAUCCAAGUUGGGUUCUAUAAUGAGACAGUAGACCAAAUAUUAAUCACAUACCCUACAAAAUAUGGACACUGGAUAACAAUUUGUGGUUCUAAAAAUGUCCACAGGAGAAUGUCCAUGUGUAACUUCCCCCCACUGCUCCAGCCGUUCUUGUUUAAGAAGAGCAAAAUUGCCUCCCACCAAAUCCCUGAGUUUCCAAACAAUUUUCAACUCCAUUCAAACUGAAAAAUUUGUUUAUAAGAUAGUUAUCAGUCCAUCAUUAGUUGGCUUUUGUCUAUAUCAUACAGCUAAGAUUUAAACCCUAAAUUUGAGGGUAAAGCUUUUGCAGUUCUUUUCAUGUUCACAUUGCAAUGAGAAUGUUUUCUUAUUGACAUUUUUAAGGAUUUGGUUUUGUAACAUUUGAAACUGAAGAUGCAGCUGAGAGUGCUUGUGAGGAACAGUUCCACCUGAUCAAUGACAAGAAGGUAUUCUAAGCUGCUAAUACAUGUAUUUGCUGAUAGAUAGUUACCCAUAAAUUGUACACUCUCAAAAUGAUCCCUCUACAUAGACAUUUUCAUAAACAUUCAAUUCACAAACUGGUGAGCUUUUUUUUUCUCCAGUCUGAUUACAUUUCAGGAGGUACAACUACAUACCACUACCGCAGUGACAUACAGUAUGCAAAUAUCCCACAGUAAUAAAUAUGGGCAGGAGUUAUCAAGUGGCAAAUAUUCUUUGUUUUCAAAUCUCCUAUGAAUAUAUAAACCAAAGACAAAAUCUCACAAUAUUUUUCCUUUAAGAAUGGGAUGUUAAGUAAACACAAGACGAUCUCUGCUCAGUUUCCUCUCAAUGCAUUGUUUUGUUUGGUUUUUCUGUUUGUUUCACUUUUUGCUGUUUUUUGUGGAAACAGAUUGUCCCUGCAGUAAAGUUUCUAUGCCCUCAAACAACCGGCAUGUUUCUUAAGUUUUAUCCCCUUAUUGGUGAUGCCAAUUUUCAUCAUUUACUAGUCAUGAAUAAAAACUGCAGCAAGUGAGAAUGAUACAAUGGAGAUGAUAAUCUGUAUUCCAGUCCUUUAUAAUUAAUCCACAUGGUGCACUUCAUUUUGCAGACUGAAGUUAAGAAAGCACAACCUCGAGAAGUGAUGCAAAGUUUGCAAGGUGGGCGUGGUAGGGCUGGUAGGGCCUUGGCUGGACGAGGGUUCUGUAAGUACAGAACUUCUUUGUUAUUUGGCCACAUAACUAACAUUUCAUGCAAUCUCCUGGAAACUGUAAAUGUAUGAUCAUGUGGUAGAGUUAUGGUCACACAUGACAGAGUUACAGUCUCACUGCUGCACCACAGUAAGGUUUACCAGCACAGUUGUUGACAUUCAUGGCAUUAAAAUUUGUUAUGUCCACCUAUACUUCACAUGAACUUUUGUAAUACCCCGGUAAUUUCUCUUUAUGUCACCUCUGAAUCAUGCAUUAUGGUCACAAGAACAAAGGAAAUGAUCACCAACUGAAGAAGCUCUUUAUUGUUAAACAGAUUUUCUGUGUUAGCACCUUGGGAAAUGUAUAGACAAAAAUAUGGAGAAUAUGCAUGUUAAUGUUGGGGCAUAGAGGGUCAACAAAUCAGCUUGAGAGUUCUCAUCACUCAAACUACACUCAAAAGUUCUAACACUAAUUCCACUUUGCUCUUAGUGUAUCCUUUCCCUCCUGGGUUUCGAGGCUUUCCUCCAUCAGGCUUUGGCCCUGGUUUUGGUAACUUUGGUGGCCCAUUUCAAGGUAAAAAAAUAUUUUAUAUUAGCUAUGACCUAAGUUCAAGCCAAAGAGAUUUAGGGAUGGAGUGAUGCAGGGAACCAAAAUAAAAUUCUAGACGACUUUGGCAUGUUGUUCCAAUCACCAGGAAGUACUAUUAGUUGAUGAGGAAAAAAGAUCCACAAGUAUGCCAGAAGGAGGCCUCUCACACACAGAGGGGUUAGAAGUUGAACAGUGGAUUAUAUUUAACUUCCACCUCUCGUGCUAUGUACUUUGUAAUUCACCCUUAGUCAGUCCAUAAACUUCACCUCCCACACUGUUACAUAUGUUUUCUAUUCAAGACAUAUAGAAACUAGGCAAUUGUUUCCUUGCUUAAAUACUGUGUUAAGAAACUUAUCCAAAUGUUGUCACAAUUGCACCAACUAGGAAAUCAGUCAAAGAUUGGAAAUGGUCAAAAUAAGACUGAUGGACGACACAAUCAUUGGCUUGUGCUUACAGUCAUGGUUACUUUUCUAGAGCUACACAAUAUGCUGUGAAACUAUUCAUUUGCCAUGGUUCCAUCUGAAUUUCUUCCCCUUUUGAUUGCAUGUAGGCGGGUACAGUCCUGCUGCAGCAUUUGCAGCAUUUGCAGCACAGAACAGGCCAGUAAGAGGCAAAGGACGUGGUUACUUGGGAAACUAUCCAGGAAUGCUUGGUAAGAGAAGCUAACUACACUGUGAUCUCUAUUAUUUUGGGAAAGGCAAGAUCGAGUUAUGCCCAAAUACAUACUAUAUCAAGCACACAAGAGAUGAGAAUAAAAACAAUUUGGUGAUUAUUAGUUGAUCCAAUACAGAAUUCUCCAAUCCAACAUUAUAAGAAUAAUAUGGCAAACAGCCAGAAGAAUUAUUAAGGGUUCACAAUGCUAACAUUCAGAGAAUUAUUUCAAAACAAAGGACAAGCUUGCACAUUGUGCGUUCAUGUAGAAUAUGAUGGCUUUCUUUGUUUAGAAAAACCUGAAUCAGUGUAUCAACUAAUGUUUUGAAACAAAGAAGUGACACAAGUGAAGCAUUCACCACUGUGGCUUACUGAAAGUCUUUGAAAUCAUGAUUACCAGUAUUUCUUCUUAACUCUUUGCAUCUCUGCGAGAUCCAUCAAUCUGCACUGUUACUUUUACCACAACUUUUAUUAUUGUGACAUGUUUGAAGUCCAAAAUCAGGUUAUUGAAAGAUAUGACCCCUUUCAUUUGAUGGAAAAUUACACCCUUUGCAAUCUGGAUUAUAUUUUUCUUCAUACAUACAUACAAUUUAAAGCCUAAGAAGAAAUGUGCAAAAUAUAUUAUGAGGGUCAAAUUAUCCUGAAACAUGGUUUAAAGUUGCCUCAUAUUCCACAAGGGGUGUGCUUUGACCACUUAGACUUGAGCUUCCAUCUCAUCACUUAUUUUUGGUUCUGUGUUUCAAAUAACUUUAUGCCUGGCAUGUGUAUCCCUUUACUAAAGCUGUGGCAAGUUUUUGCAGCUCUUCUUAAAUACUGGUAAUUAUGAAACUUUUUUAGGUUUUACUGGCUAUCCUUCUGGCUUCAUGAAUCCCCCUGACCAACGACGAACAGCAGGAGGUCAGUAUUAUGCAGACUAUGCCACCAUAAGUAAUCAGGGAGGCCGUUCAGGACCUAACAGACCACCUGACAUCCCACAAGUUAACCCAGCCAUGCCGGAAUAUGCUGACUAUCAGGGUAUGGUAAUAUGUCUGCUUUUGUCAUGUAUAUCAGUCAUUUCCCAGUGUGUUUAAAUUCUUUCCAUGGUAUACCCCUGUGUCAAAAUUUAUGAAAUUGGCCAGCAAUUGAAUAAGGAAGAGGGGAGGCAGGCAGCAGUCAAUGGGAGAGAGGAAAACAAGGGUUGUUCUACUCCGUAAAGGUAAAUAAACCAAAAAGGGAAGGUUUUGGUUGAGGCAUCUCAUAUUUUCUGUCUGUGGUGAGCUGUAAAGAGAGGUACCAUCUUACCCUGCACAUCAUGUCCCUCAAUUUUCUUGCUUGCCUUCUUUCCUCUCAUCCUUAUCCUUGCAAUUCUAUCAAGGGAGAAAGAUUGAUGCAGGGGUGGGAGUACUUGUCUCCCUCUCCUUAGGCCUGGGUUUAAUUCCAUGACUUGAAAUUACAUUUAGCUAAGUUUGCUGUUUUUUUCAUCCUGGCUUUAAAAGUUUUAACUGGGUUAAAAGCAACUUAUUUCAAAUCACUCACUUUAUGAAUCACACCUGAAAUGAAAUAAGUAUUGUAUAUCAGCCUUCCUUGGCUUUAGCCAAGGUAGAGGUUGACAAACAUUUGACCAUUGGCUUUGUUGCAUUGUAUACAUCACUUACAUUCGACAAAGUAUGUUUGAUAUCUACACAAUGGGGAACUUGUGGCUUUUUCCCUUGUCCUGAAAAGGAUAGGACAUUAAAUGAUUAACGCAAAACAUAAAUUAAGCUUCACUUAUUUGUAGAAAUUUGUUAUUGCUUUAUCCUUUUAGAACCAUAAACAACAGAUUUCCCCCAGCUAAAAUUGGCAAUUAAUUAUUCAAAUGCACAAUCCUUUUGGUGAACAUUAAAGUCCUACAAAUUCACAGCAUUAAGUUUGUGAUGAAUUUUUACAGGCAUGAAUUACCAUCAUACCCAACAAUUUGGUCCACCACCACCCUCUCCAGUAUCCAGGGCAUUUGCCACGGCUGCAACCAGUCCAGGACCUGUUCAGGAUCUCGGCAGCUACAUCAACUCUGCUGCAAAUACUUCAGCAGAUGGUUUGGGGUACACAGCCACCAGUCCUCAGCCUACAGGCUUUGGUCAUGCCAUGGCGGUAAGU